UGUUUUUCUGAAACAAUAAUUUGUUGAUUAUUGAUAUAUUGAUACAUUUACAUCGCUUGUAGAAAUUAAGUGUAUCUUAAUUAUGAUGAUAAGGGCAAAUUAUAUGCCAAUCAAGCUGGCGAAUGUCACAUGAUUGUAUGGCGAAUAUUGCGCUAACCACAGUGCAAUAGUCAGUCUAUCUCACUUAUGCAAUUUUGUAAAGAGAAAGAGUAGGUAUAAAAAAUAUAUCUUGUUUGGAUAUUCUAGUGAACAUUGAGGUCAAAUGAGCUUAAAUAAAGAGGUUGAUGAAUUUAGAUGAAAUAAAUGUUACACCUGGAAAGAUGCAAAAGAAGAAAGUGUAACAUAAGACUUAUGAUUAGGUGGUGUAUGAGGUUAAGGAACUGAAAGAUAAAAAUAUAAAAAAUGAAUACAAGAAAAUAAAACUACAUUCUUUGAUAACAUAGAAUUUGAGGAAGAAAGCUAAGCGGAGCGCUGCAGAACACAUGUAUUCGUCGUCGACCAAAACAGCCUGGUGGCUGGCUACGUUCUUCAGUGUCUUCGUUACAGGUGAAAUGCCGAUACAGGCGGAGGCGGAGCCCGAGUUUCUCCAAGCGCUGGAGAACCACACGGUGACGCAGGGCCGAGACGUGCAUUUCACGUGCGUCGUCAACCAUCUCUCUAAUUACAGGGUGGCGUGGAUCAAGUCAGAUUCGAAAGCGAUCCUGGCCAUCCAUACAAACAUGGUGGCUUUGAACCCGAGACUGUCGGUCACGUACAACAACCACAACACGUGGAAACUGCACGUCAGUAACGUGCAGGCAAACGACUCGGGCACCUACAUGUGCCAGGUCAACACUGAUCCUAUGAAGAGUCAGAUGGGCUACCUCUCAGUAGUGAUACCACCAGACAUAGUAGACACCGUGGCGGAAGGCAGCACGGCCCAGGAAGGCGGCAGCGUUCGUCUGACGUGCACCGCUACCGGGGAACCCCCGCCGACGGUCAUGUGGAGACGGGACCACGUGAAACCCAUUGUGUUCCGGCACGAGGGUGGCCGGGAGAGGAAAGUGGUGAACAGCUACAAGGGAGAUACCCUGGAGCUGACACACGUGCAGCGAUCGGACAUGGGGGAUUACUUCUGCAUCGCCAGCAACGGGGUGCCCCCAACAGUCAGUCGGCGGUACUACGUUGAAGUUCAUUUUAUACCGCAAGUAAAGGUGAUGAAUCAGCUUGUAGGAGCUCCGCUGGGCAGUGAUGUGGAAUUGCAAUGUUUUAUCGAAGCCUCGCCAAAAGCCAUGAACUCCUGGUACCGGGAAGAUGGCAAAUCGCUUGUGAGCGACAAGCUAAUGGAGAAUCCGAAGUUACGCGUAUUAGAGACAGUAGUGAACGAGUAUUCCCGCUGGAUGAACUUGUCUAUCAAGUCGCUGUCUAAAUCAGACUUCGGGAUUUACGUGUGCGCCUCCGUCAACGCUUUGGGGAAGAUGGAGAGUCAAGUCAGUUUGCAUAGACUAGAAUUAAGCAUGAACGGCUUCGGAGCCGAAGAACCCAUGGUGUCAGGUGCAGCGUGGCAACGCUCCAGGAACCUGCAACCAUAUCGUACGCGCCCGGCUGCCUCCCACGCCCACCAGUACUUCCUCACACAGCCUCUGCCACCGCAAUUGUAUGCUUUAUUACUUACUGCUUUGCGGUAUGUUCAUACGUUCUAA